AUGCAAUGCUUUACAAUCAAUGCUUGUAAUCGUUGUAGAAAGCGAAAAGCACGAUGCGAUACGAACAUUCCAGCAUGCCAACCGUGUCAAAGCUCGGGAUCCAUCUGCGAGUAUACAGAUGGGCGUUCAGGAAAGGUCCACCCAAGAAGCUUCAUCCAUGAACUCGAGAGAGAGCUCAUGGACUUGGAGGCGCAGAUCCAUCAUGUUGAUAGUACAACGACCGAUACAUCGCCAACCACUUCGAAUAUACAAUCCUGCGGUGAAGCGUCACAGAAUUUCACCGGGACUGAUGAGGGGAACUCUACAUUUGUUGCAUCUUCAAGUGGAAUCCAUUUGGUUCGAUCAGCCCUCGAGUGCGCUCAACAGGAUUACUCGAAUCUGGAAACACCAUCAGACACUACAGAAGUGAGACACACGCCUCGAGUGCAACAGAAACAUGAUCCAAGAGCUGGAUUACCCCCACGAGAGUUGGCCAACAACCUCAAAGACACUUUCUUUAAUUGUUACCAAGUUCAAUAUCCGAUUCUCACCCAGGAACGAUUCGAAGAUACACUGGCACAAUUCUACGAUAACCAUGACGGUGGAAACGAUGAUUGUGACUUGUCACCCGCUGAUUUACGGGACCGGUUCAUGAUUAACAUGGUACUUGCGAUCCCUCUCACGUCCAUGGCAGGCGACCACGAAGAAAGCGAGGCAUUGUCGAAAGACCUUACUGCGAAUGCCAUGGCGGAUGUGAGCUAUAUCAUGCAGACGAAAAACGUGCAAUCUCUCCAAUGUCUACUGUUACUCUUGUUACUGUCGAUAGUAGACUCAGCUCCUGCGCCUAUCUGGUAUAUAUCAGGUCUCUGUAUGAGGAUGUGCAUUGACCUAGGAUAUCAUUCGGAAAGGACAAUCGCCAUGUCCUUUUCAGCAGACGCCACCGAGACAUCCAAACAAGAAGAAUCAGAUAUCAAGCGAAGACUCUUUUGGAUUGCAUAUAGUCUUGACAGAACUUUCAAUAUCCUACUGAAUCGUCCGUUUACCUUUGACAAUCUGUCAGAGGAUAUUAACUUGCCUGGUUGUUCGCUUACGCCUGCAACUCGGCAACAGACAUUGCAUUGGCUCGAGCUACAACAACUACAAAGUGAAAUCGUUCAAAGACUUCAUAAUACCCGAGGCGUCGCACAUAGCCACCGCACAGAAGAUUCAGGGUCUGGGCUGUCUCAAUGGACGAACGAAAUGGCGCAACGUCUAGAACAGUGGCAUAGGCCGGCCCAAACUCUUGCAGACCCAUGUGGUUAUGACGCCAAUUGGUGGAACUACUGGCAUAGAACAACUUUGCUUAUCCUAUACCGACCAUCUAUGUUACGACCAAGCCUUAGUCCCUCUGAGACUCUAUCUUGUUACAUGGCCGCAAAAGAGCUCAUACAACUGUCAUUUCUUCGUAUCAAUGAGGGUCUCGCCGACUUUACCUGGAUCGACCUCCAUUUCCAGUUCAUGAGCGGAGUCACCAUGAUCCUCAUUAUAUGGAAGAAUAAUGAAGCGAGGGAAAAGGCGAAAGAGGAUUGGGUUUCUCUCAAGAGUAGCCUGUUCCAGUGGAAACUGAUAUUGGAAAGACUUGGAGCUCGUUGGGAAAGGAUUGGUCGGGCUCGGGAAGUACUCUCAAAACUAGCUGAUGCUACCGUUGAUCUUGUGGAGAAGGAUCUCUCAAGACAUGCAGAAGAUGCUCCUCAACCACGGCAAUCGCAUAUCAUGAGAGAAACACGACGGAGUCAAAGGCGCUCGAUCAUACAGAGACUCCGAAAUUUGUCGAAGCAAGACCAAAGUCAGACUGGAGCCACCCAGAACUCAAGUUUACCAUCUUUGAACACAAUGUCUGUUAGAGGUAUGUCACGGUCCCUCGGUGACGACAGAUACCACGAACCUCGAAGUCAAGAUGGGACCAAUACGCAAGACAUACCAGGAGGAUGGAGCUGGACUAACUCCGACACUCACUUGCAACAAGAGACACAACUUGAAUCACAACAUGUCAGCAAUGCUUCAUACUUGGAGGCACAAGGAACGCUGUGGCCGAUGGUCGAUUUGUCUGAUAUCACGACACGCAACGAUGAGCUCAAUCUCUGGUCGUACUUUUCCGCUCCGAUGCUGGGGCUGGAAAAUACUACCUUGACAACCUUUAACACAACCAUCAGGCCUGAUGAAGCCCUCAACAAUAGUAUCUUGAACUUCCAAGGGGAUCUUAGUCAGUUGCCUCAAAUUGGAGAUGACAGUACCGAGGGGAGCGAUUAUAUGCAGAGUUAUUAUGCUGCGCAAUAG